CAAAGCCCCUUCAUAGAAACGUAAAUAUGUUUGUAGCAUUGCUAAGAUAUGAAUCUAACUAAUUAAUUUUUGUAUCUAUAUCUCUUUAAGUAGAUCCCUCAUAUUCUAAUAAAAAAUUGAGAAGAUCUUUGUCAUUCAUAUAUUCUCAAAAUUUCCAUUUUCCUAUAUGUCCUUUCCAUAACAGAAAACAAAAAACAAUCUCGGAGACAGACACGAUCCGGGGUUGAUCAAUCACAAUGUCCGACAUAGUUAACGAUGCUUGGAAGAAAUAUCUAUUGCAGCUUCAGCUUCAUCCUCUAAGAACCAAGGCAAUUACUUCAUCAGUUCUAGCUGGCUUUAGUGAUGCUGUGGCACAGAAAAUUUAUGGAGCUAAGAAGCUUCAACUCAAAAGGAUUCUUCUUUUCAUGCUCUAUGGUUUUGCCUAUACAGGACCCUUUGGACAUUUUCUUCAUAAAUUGAUGGAUUCACUUUUCAAGGGGAAGAAGGGCAAUGAAACUGUUGCUAAGAAGGUGAUUCUUGAACAAAUAACUACUGCUCCAUGGAACAACUUUGUGUUCAUGAUGUAUUAUGGCUUGGUCAUAGAAGGAAGACCUUGGAAUCUAGUAAUGAACAAAGUAAAAAAGGAUUACCCUUCUGUUCAGUUAACCGCGUGGAAGUUUUGGCCUAUCGUUGGUUGGGUGAAUUACCAGUAUAUGCCUCUGCAGUUUCGUGUUUUAUUUCACAGCUUUGUUGCUUCAUGCUGGGGAAUCUUUCUGAAUCUUAAAGCAAGGUCAGGUGCUAUCAAGAAGGCAGAAUAGUCUUCAAUGCUGAUAGGCCGUAAGCGCACGGUUUAUAUCAAUCUAGUAAAAUUAUUGUUUCACCGGGGAUUAGUGCGAUUAUCAAUUCUUUCUUUCUGUUUUGAUUAGAUAAAAAAGGAGUCAAUAGUGGUUUAGUUAUUUUAAAGGUUUAGAAUAUCACAAUUUAAUGCAUCCCAAUAAAAAUCAUAGUUAGUUUUGAUUAUCAAUCUCAUUGAGAAAUAUCACAUUCUUGUUAAUACUGGUGUCAUUCAUGAUAACUUAUAGGCCAUACUGAAGUUAAGACUUUUCUUACUUCUUUUUUGCUACGAGUUUGGAACUUAAUUGGCUCAAUAGUGAAAAUAUGAGUUGUUGGUUUAAUUAAUGUUAUCAAAUUGUCAUGCCCCAUUGUUAAGCAUGAAGAUGAUAUGAUUAGAGAAGUUACUUGUGUACCAAGCUAAAUCACUACAUUGUAACUCUAAGUUAGUUAUACCUAACUCUCAUAAGUUAGUUAUGUGGAGGUUAAGAGUUAGUUGUAAAUGUAACUAACUCAUUAUAUUAUAUAUAGUCAAUAUGAUAGCAUUGUAGAUUUCGUAUUUA